AUGCCUAAAAGAACGCUCGCUACCGCCCGUGGGGCAUAUUCGGACAAGGCCGCUCUCAGAGCCCAGGGAAUCAACCCCAACAAGCGUCUCGCAGGGCUGAAUAUCCGUACCGUGCCGCAAAGAAUGACCGCGCAAAAUGAUCCUCCAGCCCCUGGGGAUGACUCUGAGGAGGAACCUGAGGAGGUCCCUGCAGAGGCCCCUGCAGAGGAAGCCGAAGAGGAAGCCGAAGAGGAAGCCGAAGAGGAAGCCGAAGAGGAAGCCGAAGAGGAAGUCGAAGAGGAACCUGCAGCCAAGAGGCGCAAGACAACAAAAGCGGCAGGCGGGAAGAGAAAAAGAGCAUCUGAUGACGAUGAUGAGGAUGACGAAGAGGAAGCCGAGGAGAGCGAGGAGCCCGAGGAAAGACCUAGGAAGAGAGCGAAAUCCGCCGCGAACAAAAAGCCGGCUAAGAAGGCCAAAUCUCCGAAAAGGAAGAACAAGAAGAAGGCGCCAAACAAGAAGAAGAAGGCGUCAAACAAGAAGAAGGCGUCAAACAAGAAAGCUUCAAAGAAGAAGGCCAAGGAGUCUGAGGACGAGUCCGAAGAAGAAUCCGAAGACGAGCCCGAAGACGAGGCCUAUGAUCCAAUGCAACUGUGGGAAGUCCGGGACAUUAUUGCGGAACAAAUGGACUCUAGCGGUCAACUCCAGUACUUGGUAGACUGGGAAGAUAACCCGGAGACUGGUGAGAAAUACGAUCCAACCUGGGAGCCGGCAGAGAAUGUUGUGGACACUUCAGAAGCGAUUCUCGCCGAAUGGGAAGAAAGAAGGGCCCGGAGGGCGAGUACUGAAGAGGAAGUCAGCGCUGAGGCCGUAGACCCCGAUGACAUCGAGAUGGAGGAUGUGCCCGAGGAGGAGAUGCCCGAGGAGGAGGAGCGCAGAGAAAUCGUUCAGGGUAGGAGGAGGGCGGGGCCCAAGCCGAGGACACAGCCAAAGUAUCCCAGGAAGAAGCUUGUAGCUAUGACUGCUCCCAAGUAA